UAUUCUCGCGAGAGCCGGCGAAGUGGCAGCCAUGGCGGCGACGGGAGCAGGACCUGGCCCUGGAGCGGGCUCCGGUCCCGGUGCAGGAGCGGCUGCAAGUGCCACAGCGGCAGAAGAAGGAGAGGCGGAGCCGGUGGCCGCCGGGGCCGGAGAGGGGCCGUCGGCUGCCCCGGGAGCGGAGCCCAGCUCCGGAGAGGCCGAGAGUGGGGAUGCAAAUUUGGUUGAUGUAAGUGGUCUGGAGACAGAAUCUUCUAAUGGAAAAGAUACUCUAGAAGGUGCUGGCGAUACUUCAGAAGUGAUGGAUACCCAGGCGGGCUCUGUGGAUGAGGAGAAUGGUCGACAGUUGGGAGAGGUGGAGUUGCAAUGUGGAAUAUGUACAAAAUGGUUUACAGCUGACACUUUCGGAAUAGACACCUCAUCAUGUCUACCUUUUAUGACCAACUACAGUUUCCAUUGCAAUGUGUGCCAUCACAGUGGGAAUACCUACUUUCUCCGGAAGCAAGCAAAUUUAAAAGAAAUGUGCCUUAGUGCUUUGGCAAAUCUAACAUGGCAGUCUCGGACACAGGAUGAGCAUCCGAAAACCAUGUUCUCUAAAGAUAAGGAUAUUAUACCAUUUAUUGAUAAAUACUGGGAGUGUAUGACAACCAGACAGAGACCUGGAAAAAUGACUUGGCCCAAUAACAUUGUCAAAACAAUGAGUAAGGAAAGAGAUGUCUUCUUGGUAAAGGAACACCCUGACCCAGGAAGCAAAGACCCAGAAGAAGAUUACCCCAAAUUUGGACUUUUGGAUCAGGAUCUUAGUAACAUUGGUCCUGCUUAUGACAACCAAAAACAAAGCAGUGCUGUGUCUGCUAGUGGGAACCUAAAUGUUCAGGGACAUUUUCUGGAAAGAGAAAAACAAACUGAGAGACAUGAUAGAAAUGGACAAAAAUUACAACAAAAUACAGAAGGGGGAAUCGCAGCAGGAAGCAGUGGGAAAGGAAGAGGAGCCAAGCGUAAACAGCAGGAUGGAGGGACAACAGGGACCACCAAGAAGGCCCGAAGUGACCCUUUGUUUUCUGCUCAGCGUCUCCCCCCUCAUGGCUACCCUUUGGAACACCCAUUUAACAAAGAUGGCUAUCGGUAUAUUCUAGCUGAGCCUGACCCUCAUGCCCCUGACCCGGAGAAGCUUGAACUUGACUGCUGGGCAGGAAAACCUAUUCCUGGAGACCUCUACAGAGCCUGCCUGUAUGAACGAGUUUUGUUGGCUCUACAUGAUCGAGCUCCCCAGUUAAAGAUCUCUGAUGACCGGCUGACUGUGAUUGGAGAGAAGGGCUACUCCAUGGUACGGGCCUCUCAUGGGGUACGAAAAGGUGCCUGGUACUUUGAAAUUACUGUGGAUGAGAUGCCACCAGAUACUGCUGCCAGGCUGGGCUGGUCCCAGCCCUUGGGUAACCUUCAGGCUCCCUUAGGUUAUGAUAAGUUUAGCUAUUCUUGGCGGAGCAAAAAGGGAACCAAGUUCCACCAGUCUAUUGGCAAACACUACUCAUCUGGCUAUGGACAAGGAGACGUCUUAGGGUUUUAUAUAAAUCUUCCCGAAGAUACAGAGACAGCCAAGUCACUGCCGGAUACUUACAAAGAUAAGGCUUUGAUAAAGUUCAAGAGUUAUUUGUAUUUUGAAGAAAAAGACUUUGUGGACAAAGCAGAGAAGAGCCUAAAACAGACGCCCCAUAGUGAGAUAAUAUUUUAUAAAAAUGGCGUCAGUCAGGGUGUGGCCUAUAAAGAUAUUUUUGAGGGGGUUUACUUUCCGGCUAUCUCGCUGUACAAGAGCUGCACGGUUUCCAUUAACUUUGGACCAUCCUUCAAAUACCCUCCAAAGGACCUCACGUACCACCCUGUGAGUGACAUGGGCUGGGGGGCUGUGGUAGAGCACACACUGGCUGAUGUUCUGUACCACGUGGAGACGGAAGUGGAUGGAAGGCGCAGUCCACCCUGGGAACCCUAACCAGUCCUUGCUUCGGACAUCUUUCUCUGGAAUAACAUUGGGGUGUUGCUUUUGUUUAUAAAGUGUCAAAUGUUUUCCCAAAGAUGCUGCAAUACACUUUUUGUCGAUGUAAUAGAGGCUGGCUCGGUGGACUGCAGCUGUUUCCCCACCCUUCAGCAUUCCCUCCCCUCUUCCAGCUCCCACUCUUACUUUGUUGAGUGCCAUACACCAACAGCUGCUGAUUCUGAAGAGCCCACAGACUCCCUGUGAAACUGGUGCUGUGCAACGUGCCUGCCAGCAGGACUUGUUACCUUCCUGUAUUUUCUAAGAAGUGAAUAAUCAUGCCCAUUAUGCAUAUUUAAAGAUGUUGGCAUCCCUCCUGGUUUCUGAGAGGGGCUGAAAUCAGUGGCAGUACAUUCCAGAGCAGUCUAAAAGUUACCUUUUUUUGGUGUGGAGUUUGGGGAUCUGUGAAGCUAGUGGGUUUCUACGAACUGUAAUUGUGAAAGGAAUUUGCCUGCAGGUUUAACACUUAGAUCUUUUCUCCAAUAAAACUUGUUCUCAA